CUGAACAGAGAUCACACAUCCUAAAACCUCAGAGGGGUUCCAGUGACACCAGCUUCAGACAGGUGUUUCCAAUGCUAAGUAAGAAUUAGGACAGAAGGAGCAGGAUGAAAAUAUGGCAGUCCUGUUGUUGCCACCAAGUCCUGACAUCUUCCGCCGUUUCACCCCAGAAUCCUUGGCUGCUAUUGAGAAGCGUAUUGCUGAGGAACAGGCCAGAAGCGCCAAGCAGGAAUACCGAGAAGGAGAGAACAAUGAGAACAGUGAACAGAAACCAACACCACAUCCCGACUUGGAGGCCGGUAAACAGCUGCCUCGUAUCUAUGGGGACUUUCCUUCAAAUCUCGUUGGACAGCCCCUGGAGGAUAUCGACCCUUACUACAAGAGCAAGAAGACCUUUAUAGUAAUAAACAAAGGGAAGACAAUCUUCAGAUUUAGUGCCACACCUGCAUUGUAUAUAAUUAGCCCUUUCCAUCCUAUAAGAAGAGCUGCAAUCAAAAUUUUGGUACAUUCUUUGUUCAGUAUCUUUAUAAUGUGCACUAUUCUCACAAACUGUGUGUUCAUGGCUAUGUCUGAUCUUGGACCAUGGAGCAAGUAUGUUGAGUAUACUUUCACUGGCAUUUAUACUUUUGAAUCUUUGAUAAAAAUAUUGGCAAGAGGAUUCUGUCUGAAAGAAUUCACCUUCCUGCGCGACCCAUGGAACUGGCUGGACUUCAGUGUUAUUGUCAUGGCAUAUGCCACUGAGUUUGUGGACCUGGGCAAUGUGUCAGCUUUAAGAACAUUCAGAGUACUUCGAGCAUUGAAAACAAUCUCGGUCAUUCCAGGACUGAAAACCAUUGUCGGAGCCCUUAUCCAGUCAGUUAGGAAGCUGGCAGACGUUAUGAUCUUAACAGUUUUCUGUUUGAGCGUGUUUGCCUUGAUAGGGCUACAACUCUUUAUGGGCCACUUAAAACAAAAAUGUGUUCGAAAUUUCACAUCUUACAACCAAAGCAUAGGUGACAGCCUUUACUGGAGUAACUCGACAUGGGAAUCUUAUGAGGACUUCAUUCAUGAUGAAAAAAAUAUAUUCAAAAAGAGUGGAUCCAAAGAUGCUUUACUUUGUGGAAACAACAGUGAUGCUGGGAAAUGUCCAGAAGGUUUUCUGUGUCUGAAAGUUGGUAGAAAUCCCAAUUACGGCUACACUAGCUUUGAUACUUUUGGAUGGGCUUUUCUUUCUCUGUUCCGACUUAUGACACAAGACUAUUGGGAGAACUUAUAUCAACAGACUCUCCGAGCUGCAGGGAAGACAUACAUGAUAUUUUUUGUGUUUGUCAUCUUUUUGGGUUCUUUUUAUCUUGUUAACUUGAUCCUUGCUGUGGUUGCCAUGGCUUAUGAAGAGCAGAACCAAGCCAGCAUUGCUGAGGCUGAAGCAAAAGAAAAGGAGUUCCAGCAAGCCAUGGAACAACUGAAGAAGGAGCAAGAGGCACUUGCAAGCAAAGGACUCGAUGGUGGGUCUCACAGCUCCUGUGAAAUGUCACCAUUCAGUUCCAAAAGUGCCAAAGAAAGGAGAAAUCGUAGAAGAAAAAAAAAAUCCUCAGAAGUUGAUGAGUAUAAUGACGAUGCAAGAACUCACAGAGGAGAGUCUGAUGAGGAGAGUAUACGCAAAAUGUCUCUUCUUGGGAUUGGUUUUGGACCCAGUUCAGCUAAACGAAGAAUAAGCCAAGGGAGCAUAUUCAACUUCCAUAUCCGUGGUAGAGACCUUUUCUCAGAGACAGAGUUUGCAGAUGAUGAAGUGAGCAAUGCCAGUGAGGGUCUCAGAGGGUCUCUUCUUGUUCCACGUGCUGGAAGACGCCACAGCAUCCAAAGUCAAACAAGUGCACAUUCAUAUCCAAACACUCCGGGAUUCACACAGAACGGCAAGAGGAACAGUUCAGUGGAUUGUAAUGGAGUUGUGUCUUUGGUUGGAGGAGGAUCUUACUCAAACCCAACUUCCCCGGGAGGACUACUGUUGCCUUCUGUAAUUGUGGAGAAGUCCGGAACUGAGGAAAAUGGAACACAUGAGAAAAAUAAACUACAUAGCAAGCGCCGUACAGAGAUGCAACUACUGAUGCCUCACCGACUCUCAGUUGAAUACCCAGAUCAGCCAUUUCAGAGGCCGCGAGCAGUGAGUGCUGUCAGUGUCCUAACCAAUGCCAUGGAAGAACUGGAAGAAUCUCAUCAAAAAUGUCCUCCAUGUUGGACUCACUUUGCUCAGAGGUUCCUCAUAUGGGACUGUUGUACUACAUGGUUAAAUAUCAAGAAAGGGGUGAAGUUUGUAGUCAUGGACCCCUUUGCUGACCUGACUAUUACUAUUUGUAUCGUAUUAAACACUUUAUUCAUGGCCUUGGAACAUUAUAAGAUGACAGACGAAUUUGAAAGAAUGCUGGCAACUGGAAACUAUAUUUUCACUGGUAUUUUCACUGCUGAAAUGGUCCUAAAAAUGAUUGCCUUAGAUCCCUACUACUAUUUCCAGCAGGGAUGGAAUAUCUUUGACAGCAUUAUUGUGACUUUGAGCUUAAUGGAAUUCUGUCUCUCCAGCAAGGGAAACUUGUCUGUCCUCCGUUCCUUCAGACUGCUCCGCGUUUUCAAAUUGGCAAAGUCAUGGCCAACAUUGAAUACUCUCAUCAAAAUUAUUGGCAAUUCUGUUGGGGCUCUUGGCAACCUUACCCUUGUUUUAGCGAUCAUCGUCUUUAUUUUUGCUGUCGUGGGGGUGCAACUUUUUGGACGGAACUACCUGGACUGUGUCUGCAAGAUUGAUGAAGAUUGCAAGUUACCUCGAUGGCACAUGAGUGAUUUCUUCCACUCAUUUCUCAUUGUGUUCCGGGUUUUGUGUGGAGAAUGGAUUGAGACCAUGUGGGAUUGUAUGGAAGUUAGCGGUCAACCCUUAUGCCUUCUUGUGUUCAUGCUAGUCAUGGUAAUAGGAAAUCUAGUGGUUCUGAACCUUUUCUUGGCUCUCCUGCUUAGCUCGUUCAGCUCGGAUAACUUAUCUGCUCCCGAUGAGGAUGGUGAAAUGAAUAACCUUCAGAUAGCAAUUGCAAGGAUUCACAGGGGUAUUUCCUUUGCCAAACAAACUGUUAUAGAUUUUUUACGAAACGUAUUUACGAAGCCCAAGAAAACUGGGGACACAUUCAUUACCAAUCUUUCAGGGAAGAACAGGAACAUCAACAACAUCAAUCUCCACAAUCACAUGAACAUGAGCAGCACAGGCAAAGAAAAGGAUUACAGAGAAGGGAGUAACACCAACGGAGGCAUCUCGAAAAAUGGGGAAAAGUAUGUUGUUAGUGAAAGCGAUGAUUACAUGGCCAACCCUCGCCUCUCUGUCUGCGUUCCCAUUGCUCUGGGUGAAUCUGAUGGAGAAUAUCACGAAGAAGAUGAACAGAGCAUUUUUACAGAUGUUGAGAUCAGUAAAGAGAAACUGGAUGACAGCAUUUCUGAAUGCAGUACAGUGGAUCUGAGGAAGUCUCGGGAAUUUAUUGAACAGCAGCCUGACUCUUCUGAAGAGUGUAUGGACCCAGAGGAAUGCUUUACAGAAGGCUGUUUGUAUUACUGCCCCUGCUGCAAAGUGGACAUCACACAAGGUGUUGGCAAAGUGUGGUGGAAGCUAAGAAGGACCUGUUACAGGAUAGUUGAACACAAUUGGUUUGAGUCGUUUAUCAUCUUCAUGAUUCUUCUUAGCAGUGGGGCACUGGCAUUUGAAGAUAUUUACAUCGACCAGAGGAAAGUCAUGAAAAUCAUCUUGGAGUAUGCAGAUAAGGUGUUCACUUACGUUUUUGUUCUGGAAAUGCUAUUGAAAUGGGUGGCCUAUGGCUUUAAGAAGUACUUCACUAAUGCCUGGUGUUGGCUGGAUUUCUUCAUAGUUGGUGUGUCUUUAAUAAGCUUGAUAGCUACUGCCAUGGGAUUCUCCGAUUUUGGUCCUAUUAAAUCUCUUAGGACCCUCAGAGCUUUGAGACCAUUAAGGGCAUUAUCACGGUUUGAAGGGAUGAGGGUUGUAGUAAACGCCUUAAUUGGAGCUAUUCCGUCCAUCAUGAAUGUCCUCUUGGUCUGCCUCAUAUUCUGGCUAAUUUUUAGCAUCAUGGGAGUCAAUUUAUUUGCCGGAAAGUUUGGGAAAUGUGUUUACGCUGAGAACAAGACAGAAAUUGAUGCGUCUAUUAUAGAGAACAAAACAAUGUGCGAGGCAAUGAAUUCCUCAGAAGUCUACUGGACAAAAGUAAAAGUCAACUUUGACAAUGUUGGUGCAGGAUACUUGGCUCUGCUUCAGGUGGCAACAUUUAAAGGGUGGAUGGAUAUCAUGUAUGCAGCUGUGGAUUCUCGAUCAUCAACUGAACAGCAGCCAAUUUAUGAAAUUAAUAAGUACAUGUACCUAUAUUUCGUUGUUUUUAUCAUAUUUGGAUCUUUCUUCACCCUGAACCUUUUUAUUGGUGUGAUUAUUGACAACUUCAAUCAACAAAAGAAGAAGAUAAGAGGCCAAGAUAUUUUUAUGACGGAAGAGCAAAAAAAAUACUACAAUGCUAUGAAGAAAUUGGGUUCGAAAAAGCCCCAGAAGCCAAUCCCAAGGCCCCAGAACAAAUUUCAAGGAUUUUUCUUUGACGUGGUGACGAAGCAAGCCUUUGAUAUUAUUAUCAUGGUACUCAUAUGCCUUAACAUGGUCACUAUGAUGGUGGAAACUGAUGAGCAGUCUGAAGAUGUCGAGGAUUUACUGUACAAUAUUAACCUGGCGUUUGUGGUCAUUUUUAGUGGUGAAUGUACAUUCAAAAUCCUGGCUCUCAGGUACUACUAUUUCACCAUUGGCUGGAAUAUCUUCGAUUUUGUGGUUGUUAUCCUUUCAGUUGUGGGUAUUGUACUUUCCGAUAUUAUAAAAAAUUAUUUUGUAUCGCCGACAUUGUUCAGAAUAAUCCGUUUAGCACGAAUUGGACGUGUUCUGCGACUUAUAAGAGGAGCCAAAGGAAUAAGGACUCUUCUGUUUGCCUUAAUGAUGUCCCUCCCAGCCUUGUUUAAUAUUGGUCUCUUGCUUUUCCUUGUUAUGUUCAUUUAUGCCAUUUUUGGUAUGUCAAACUUUGCCUAUGUAAAGAUGGAAGGUGGAAUCGAUGACAUGUUUAACUUUCAAACAUUUGGAAACAGCAUGAUUUGCCUGUUUCAAAUCACAACCUCAGCAGGGUGGGAUGGCCUUCUCAAUCCCAUAUUAAACAGUAAUAAACCUGAAUGUGAUCCAGAGUUCCCCAACCCAGGAAGCUCAUCCAAUGGGAACUGUGGAAAUCCUCCUGUUGGGAUUGUCUUUUUCGUUAGCUACAUUAUCAUAUCAUUUCUUAUUGUGGUUAAUAUGUACAUAGCCAUCAUUCUGGAAAACUUCAGUGUGGCCACUGAAGAAAGUACGGAACCUCUAAGUGAAGAUGAUUUUGAGAUGUUUUACGAAGUCUGGGAGAAGUUUGACCAGGAAGCAACACAGUUCAUUGAUUACUCAGUCCUGUCUAAAUUUGCAGAUUCACUUGCUGAACCCUUACGUAUACCCAUACCAAAUAGACUCAAACUGAUAGCCAUGGACCUUCCUAUGGUUAGCGGAGACAGGAUUCAUUGCUUGGAUAUUUUAUUUGCCUUCACCAAAAGAGUUCUUGGAGAAUCUGGGGAGAUGGAUACUCUAAAGAUACAAAUGGAAGAAAAAUUUAUGGCAGCCAACCCAUCUAAAAUUUCUUAUGAACCCAUCACCACCACCUUAAGACGCAAACAAGAAGAAGUGUCUGCCUAUAUCAUCCAAAGAGCCUAUAGAAGGCAUUUGCUUUAUCGUUCCAUGAAACAAGCCUCAUUCCUUUACCGUCACAGAUCUUGUGAUGGAAACAUCAUUGAAGAAGAGGCCCCUGAGAAGGAAGGCCUUAUUGCUAUCAUGAUGAAUGAAAAUUUUGGCCGUCAUUUGGAUAAAGUAGAGUCUCUUUCUUCUGCAUCUUUUCCACCUUCUUAUGACAGUGUGACCAGGGACACAGGUGAAAAUGUUGGGUUGGAAAGAGAAGACUCUACAAAAAAUGAUCAGUCCACAGAUUGUAAAAUAUGUGCAGACAGAGACAAAGAAUCCUUUGUAUAAUCUUUGGAGUUUUUUUCUGAAACGCUAUCAGAUAUUGUUUACAGAAUGUUACAACGUACAAGUGCACAAUAGUUCUGGCAGCCUUCAUAUUCGAUUUAUUUGGGACUAUAAUGAAAUAACUUUUCAAUUGAACUUCUGGGGAUGAAUGCUUUACAAUUUGUUGGCUCCGUUUCAGUCAACGUUUGCUUUACAUUUGUACAUCAAAAACUUAUGCAGCCUACGAAGUACUACCAGUGGUGUGGUUAUGAGUAUGCUAAUAUGUACAAGAGUAAUGCAAUGUAUCUCUAUACACAGACAAAAUCCUGACUGUAUACAUUCAUUUAUGGUCUUAUACUAGUGUGUUUAGUAAAGGUUAUAUACAACCUUGCAUCUAAAUUAAAUCAAAAUAUCACAAGCUGCUGUAGCAAAACUAUAUACACUUACUGUAUAUGUCAUGAAUGGUCUUUCAUAAAUUUAUAUUUGAUAUUUUUUUUACAUAUAAAAAAAAGUUUUCUUU